AUGGACGCAAAGACUGGUAGUGGCGAAAACUGGUCUCGCGUGGCGGAAAUCUUCGCUAGGGUCGCCGACGAGCGUGACCCAUUGAGCCCAAACGGACGAGGAAACAAGGAGAUGCUGGAUGCUGUUGAAGCGGUCUUGCCUUUAAACCAGGCUACUUACAUACUAGAUGUCGGAUCCGGGCCAGGGCAAGUCAUCAAAGGCGUUUUAGGUGCCGAGGAGCAGAAGCCACAGAUCCCAAAAGAUGCUCGAGUUGUUGCGACUGAUAUUGCCGAAUCUUUCGUCAAGAUGCUCAAAGAUACCAAGCAGAAGAAUGUCGACGCUGGCGAAGAUAUCUGGAAACGAGUCGAAGUCACACAAUGGGAUGCGAAGGAUCUUGUCGAAGUUCAAGAUGAUUCAGUCAGUCACCUUCUGGCCGGAUAUUGCUACGUUGCCAUGAAGGACGAGGGGCGAGGAAUUAAAGAAGCUCUACGAGUCCUCAAACCAGGAGGUUGCUUUGUUCAGUCAAACCUGGGAGAUACAGAGUGGGGAUCACUGCCAGACUUCGUUACCCAAGUCAGGCCUGAGAAACAGCCACACUCUACCAGCGAGAACGCCAAAGGCUGGUGGACCACUGAAAAGGUCAAGAAGAAGCUGGUCGAUGCCGGAUUCAAGAAUGUUCAAGCCAAGGAGUUCCCGGUGUCCAUGCACAUGAACUCGUACGAGGAGGUUAUCCUGUUCGUGUGGGAAGGCUUUCCGUACAUGAAGCCGCUCACAGAGGACAUGAGCGCGGCAGAAGUGGCACAGGCCAAAGACUUGACGUUGAAGUACUUGAAAGAAAGGCAUCCAGCUGAGCCAUUUAGGUUAGAAGGCACAGGUAUGGUUGCAUGGGGGACGAAAUGA